UCUUGCGUGGUUGAAGUCAAAAGAACAGUAGACGAUCUUGAGUGGGGCCUCGAACGAGGACCCUUAGGCAGCGAAUCGAGUUCCUUCCAUUUCACUGUACUUCCUCCUGUUGUGCCGGGUCUUGGCGGAAGGAUCAAAGCAUAAACGUUGGUAUGAGUUUGGUUAAUUACCGCCGCCUAAAUAGAACAUCACCACGCAGCUGAAGAAAUAUUUAUGCGUUCUAUAUUUGCUCCGAUCUCAGCAAUGAUAUGGGAUGACUGAUUCUGAUGCGCCAACCCUUUCGACCACAUAGCGACGCGCACCUCAUUACGUCACCGCACAUCAGCAGCUCCCUCGAGCUCGCUCCGUUAUCGAUAUCUGAAUCCAUAUACUCGGUCUGAGAAGCACGGUUGACGGCAGUCUGGUUAACCAAGAAGAGUCCAGAUCAAGACAUCACGUGUUAUCUUCACUAUCAUCAUCACAAUGGGCAUCGCACUCCUCAGUCUACCAAACGAAGUUCUCAUCGGGAUCAUAGAGCAUGCAGACAAGAUCCAAAAAGGCGCGCUCUCCAAUUUGCGACUCACGAACAAGAGCCUGGAGCAAGUUUGCCAUCGACUCUUUCUACAGCAGCUCGAGUCACUCCGCAUAGAUCCAACUCAAAAGGAUAACCUCACACGAUUGAUGGACGUCAUAUCAAGCCCUAUACAUGCACGUGCAGUCAAAUAUGUGGCCUUUGACUUUGUUCGAGAUUGGCGUAAUGUAUGGGCCGUGAUACCAUUCGUCCAAGAACUUUUCGACAAGCUAAGCGCGCUUGGUGUUGUCAUCGAGCUGAAGUUCAGCCCUUAUGGAAGUAACGAAUGGAUCUCGGAGCCGUGUAUCGUUCACUACAUCGAAGGCAUCGUCGAGAUGGCUGCUAAAUCACGACUACCAGUGGGCAAGCUCAUCAUAAAGGCGAAAGACUGGGACGCAGAAGAUCAGCUUGACAAGAUGCUGUGCAGACUUGGCGGUCUGCUAGACAAACAGGAGCAAGAGUCACAGAUUUCCACCGUGAACGUCUUGGCCGUAGAAUUUCAACACGGAGACGCCAGCUACGAUCGCCAGCACGCCAGUCUUUGCUUCACCCACUUGACUAUCGAAGACUUUCACCAAAUAGAAAACUGGACUCGCCAAAAACAACCUACUGGGCUCUGUCUGAACGGGUGUCAAUUCUAUGCCGCGCAGCUUGAGCAACUGUUGCUAUCUACCAGCAACCGAUCACACCUCCUAUCACGACUCACUAUCCUUAACGCUCGACUAUUGCAUUUUCUCUCUUUCUUCAACUUUAACGGCGCCGAUGCGGACGUGGAGACAAUGCCGAUCUACGAAACGUUGUCGCGAAUUCUACAAUGCUCAAAAGGUCUCGACUAUCUGCAUCUGGAGGAUAUUCGGACCGAGAAACCAUAUCCAAGAACACUGAGCUUUGUUGGCAAAGAGAGAAUUCAGGUGACGGGUAACGACGACAUUCGUAAAUCCCUUGCGAAUCUAAUGUCUCGGCAUGCAGUAGAUAGAGUUGACGUUCUGAGCGAAGAAGAUGAAGAUGAUGUUGAUUAGGACGAUAUUGAUGACGAAUCGAUACUUAUGACAGCAAGCGACCUAAGCAUAAUCGCACCGCCUAGUAAUGAAAGCCAAGUCACUCAGGGCUCUAGUCCCAUGGUGCUUUGGUAUUGAUCGCGCUCUUGCACGCAUCCGCUCAGCUGGCCUGUUGUUGUCACCAAAUAUCUAGACCAUCUGACAGGCUCAUACAAGUCUGACCGCGCUGCAAGAGACACAUUGAAUUAUCCAAUGCUGGUCG